CUCAAAACAACACUUCUAUCUUAAAAAAAAAAGAUGGCUUCAAGAAUCUCAGCCUCCCUUAUCAUUUUCCUCACAUUCAACAUCCUAUUCUUCACACUAACCACCGCAUGUGGCGGUGGCUGCAGCCCAAUCCCCAAACCAAAACCUAAACCGAAGCCCACCCCAAAACCUUCAUCCUCAAUAAGCUGCCCUAGAGACACUCUCAAACUCGGUGUUUGCGCCAAUGUUCUCAAGGAUCUUCUCAAAAUCGAUGUUGGCAAGCCGCCAGUCAAGCCUUGUUGCUCGGUCCUCAAGGGUCUGGUUGAUCUUGAGGCCGCUGCUUGUCUCUGCACCGCCCUAAAGGCUAAUGUUUUAGGAAUUAAGCUUAAUGUUCCUAUCUCUCUCAGUCUUCUUCUUAAUGUUUGUGGCAGGAAGACCCCUUCUGGAUUCAUAUGCGCUUGAUCUACUUAUUUACCUAUGCUUCCAUUGGAAAACAAGUUUAAUCUCUCUCUCUUUUAAU